CGCCGGUAAUAGAGAGAGGUACUGUUUAGUGUUGAGAGAGGAUGCAAGGAGAAGAAGAAGAGAGGCUCCAAAUCCGACCGUACACACGUCAUAGGACACAUGUCAGAAUCCGAAGCCACCUCCGCCACAUUCAUUGGUCGCAGAGGAUCUCGAUCCGCAAACCUGAUGCUAAGCCCAAAUCGCCGGUGCCCCACUGGCAGCGCCAACAAGUUCCAACUUUCAACAUAAUUUAUACGGGGUUUCAGGGAUAAAAAUCCUCCCCCGGGUUGGAUUUCAGAGCUAGGGCUCCUCUUGCGACUCUCGCUUCCUCUGUGGCCGAAGUAGAACAUGGCGGAAGGGGAAAACAAGACAGCAUUAGUACCUGAUAAUCAGCAGGGUAUCCAAGGGGAAGACAAGACAGUGUCGGAAGACAUGGAUGUGGAAACCAACGACACUCUUCAAAAUCCAAACACAUACGAAGAACACCAGAAGAACGGAGGGGAAAAAAUGGAUGUGAACGAUGAUCAGUCGUCAGAUAAUACCUCAAAUGGCGAUUUGAAGCGAGCGAGAGAAAAUGGUGGCGAUCCCGAAGAAGGUGACGGCGGUUUGAUGAAGCAAAAGGUCGAGACGUCCGCCGAAGAAGAGGGCCUCGAGAACUUGGGUCUAAACAGAGAGAAAGAGGAAGCCCAGGAAAAAGAAGAAGUAGAUAAUAAAUCUGGUCCUGUGAGUCUCGGUCCCAAGAGUUUCUGCUCGUCGGAGGAGAUGUUCAAUUACUUCAACAAAUUCCUCCAUGACUGGCCUGCUAAUCUCAAUGUCAACAAGUAUGAGUACAUUGUGUUGCUUGACUUGCUUAAGAAGGGUCAUGUGGAGGUGGACAAGAAGCUUCGUGGAGGGGUCAAUGCUUUCCAGGUCCGCUACCACCCAAUGUGGAAAAGCCGGUGCUUUUUUCUCAUCAGGCACGAUGAAUCUGUUGAUGACUUUAGCUUCAGGAAAUGUGUAGAUCACAUACUUCCCUUGCCCGAUAAAUUGAAAGCCUAUUAUCAUGCCAAUAAGACGUUGGGUGGACGUGGCGGUGGUGGAGGAAGAAGCAGCGGUGGGAGAAGAGGUGGGCAUGGUCGUAAAAGAUAAAUUGAGGAUCUUCAUGAUAUUAGGCCGUGUGGGGUAACAUUGGAGUAGAGAGAUUAGACAGGUAUUAAAGCGAAAUAUAUGGCUUCACUUUCUUCUGUUAUUUGUAACCAUAAAAAUUUUUGAUUGUUUUGAGCUUAUUUGGUUCGCCUGAAUCAAGUUUUUGGAGUUUUCUCCCUGCCAAAAAUUUGCUGAAAUGAGAAAGUAUCAGACAUUCAGAAAAGAGGAUAUGGCAACCUGUUGUUUUAUAUUCCUUCUGCGCCUACUGUUCUUGGAUUACAGUGUCGAGAAAACAAAAGAUGGAUAAUUAGUGCAGUCAACACCUUCUUUGUAAACCCAAGGGGUUAGCGCAGUUGACUUGGAAGGGACACGGUACUCUGCCUCAGGAAGCGAGGUCCCGUGAUCAAACAUUUGCUGUUGCACUUAACUUCUUGGAGCCAAUGCACGAGAGCUUCCAUCUCGAACUGACCCGGUCUUGUGUAAGCAGUAUCAUAGUGACCCCAAGUAUUAGUCAGGCUAAUGUUCUAGUGCAACUAAAGGAAAGGAUGGACUGAUGUUUUUUAGGUGGACUGUGUUAUUGGUUGCCAGCUUAGUCAAGGGGAUUGAGGAACAAUGGAGGUUGUAACUAUUAGUUACCGGCAGCUAUAUGAUUUAGGUGAUAAUCUGUCAACGACUAAUGAUUUAGACUAAUUUCAUAUCUCUAUUGUCAUC